ACCCGCAAGAGAUUCUUGAGGUGAUGAAUGUGUCUGGUCUUACCAGGAUGCAAGUUGCAAGCCAUCUUCAGAAAUAUCGUAGCAACAAUUGGAGAGCUCCAAAAGACCGAAAAUCUAUUCAUAAGCCAUCAGGUCAAGGAUCCUCAAGUGGUUCUCCACAAAGACGUAGCUUUAGAAGAUUUGGGACAAUGCCUCGUCUUCAAACAAAUGUUCCAAAUAGGAAACAACAUCAACAUAACCCAGAUCAAACCCAAAAAGGCCCAGAGUUUUCAUUUCCCACAAUCAAUACCAACAGUAUUUUUGCUAGAGGAGAUAGUUCAACUCAGCAACAGCUCUAUCGCCCACAACUUCAGAUUCAACCGCCCCACCUCAACAUUGACAACCCAUUUUUGUUGGCCCAAAACAAUGCUAGUGGUGAGCCACAACAACAGCAUGGAUCAUUAUUUGGAAUGUCGGGUUCACAAGGACUACAAGACCCAAUUAUUGGGAGCAUUAAUUAUAGAUUUGGGUUGGCGUUUAACAUUGAGGAUCAUCAUACUCAAAAUGACUACAACUUGGAUCUCAAUGUGGCCCAUGUAGCAACAUAUUCAGGUAGUACAACAAUGUCCGGUACAAGCAUUCGAAAUGCAACAAUUAAUGAAUUAGGGGCAGUAAAUGCUAAUUUCCAGCAAUAUAUUGGUGAAGCAAACAUGUCUAAUUCAAACAAUAUUAUCGCGGCAUCACAUGCAAGUGAUAUUGAAGGAAGUGAUUCAAAUGAGAGGGAAAAUUGUGAUGCGUAUUUCGAUUUCAAUAAUAUGGGUUAUCUCUUCCAGAAUCUUGUACCUCCAAGUGCUAACCUACCUAAUGAACAUGGCAGUGAAUUUAAUCAAAUUUACUCUAAUGAUCAGGUAGCACCGACAACAAGUGUCCAGUUUCCAGGAAUAGCAAAUUGUUUUAACAAAUUAUCAACAUGAUGAUCCAGUGCUAUUAGAGAAUAUCAGCGACAGUGCUCAUAAAGGCUUUUUGUAGUGACAAGGUUGUUUUUCAAGUGAAAAUUGCCAUCUUUCAUUUUUCUGGAGACUAUUAUGUUUAAUUUGAUUUGGAUUGU